AUGGAGGAAGGAAUCGACUCCGGUUUGCCGACCGAACCGCCUCCGCUUCCCUACUCUCUGCACACUCGAAAGAAGGCGAUCGCUUUUUUCUGGUUCCUUUUUGUCUUCGAUACGUUGGGUCAGCCGCUGAUCCUGUACUGGGUGCUAACGUACUGCACCAAUCUAUCGGCCAAUUUGGUGUUCUCCAUUGUCACAGCCUGCUUGGGCGGCGUCUCCGUUUUUGAAUACUUCUACCGUUUACACAACCUCUUUCGAAAGAAUUCGCGCGCUCGACCGUUGAACGCUCGGAAAUCAUGGCUGGACUUCUUCCAUAUCAACUUCACCAUCGUCUGGCUCAUUUUGGCCGUCGAACUCAUUAUCGGAACCGUACCUAAGCAGCCCUAUGUGCGCCUGGUCGCUAUGGUUCUCCCGACCGUUAUGUUCUACUUCGGCUUCGUCCACCUCACCCUCGACGUCCUCCGCAUGAUGGGUUUCAAAGCACCCUUCCGAAUCUCCUCCACACCGAAAGGAUCCGUUAUGCCCACCGCACUAUAUGCGCUGAUUGAAGAUGUCGUAGCCGUGGACGGAGGUGGUGGUCAAAUGUAUCGAUAUGCGCUGCGGACCCGAUACCUGUCAAGCCCAUACUUCCGCCGAAUGCUCUUCGAAAUGAACUGUUUCUGGAGCGGCGGCUCCAUCAUCUUCGCCGCCGCCAUCACCGUGGUGAUCUUCACCGUCUCAGAACCCGUUGCGUUCACGCUGGGCUGGAGCUUGCCGUUCGCUUGGGCAGGGGUCUGGACACUGAUCACAAUCCCCUGGGUCCAGAGUGACCUGCGCCGCGAGAAGAAAGCUUGGGCCGAGAAUCGCGGGCAAGGCGGCAUCCGUUGGGCCGACGAUAUCACUGCGCCCACGCGCACUCGUUUCGAAUCUGUUCAAGAGUACAUACCCAGCCUCCUGCCCUGGGUUCGCGAGAAACAGGCUGGCCCGUCAACGCCCUCUGCCGACUGUGCCGAUGAAGUUGCACAUAAAUCUGAGAGCGUGCCCGACAGCGUCCCGGAUGGCGUUUCUGACGGCAAUUCCGGAGACCCUCAUAGUACACUCAGUGUAGACGGUACCCCUUGCCGUUCCACCGACAUCCCCGAGAAUGCCGCAGCAAGUGUGACCGACAACCCACCCCCGGACGACAAGAACUAA